UUUGCACAGACUAGCUUUAAGCUUUGACCUGAAUAUCUCUUAUCAAUCUCACAUCGAUCGGUGGAUUCGGUUUGCACUGGCAAAACGAGUUAAAGCUCUCCGACUAGAUUUCACGCCGGUGUCAUGUAAGGAUUUGAAGCGUGAUUGUGACCCUAGUCACCUGCCAUAUCUAUUAGGACGGGAGACACUCAUGGAUGUUGAUGUGGGGCGUUCACAAGGGGCUUCACGUCUAAGUAGUUUUGGCUUGUGCCCUUCUAGCUCUUUGCAGGUUGGCUUUAGGUAUCUCGAAGAGCUCACCUUGAAUCGAGUCACUGUGGAGAGAGAAUUCAUUGAGCAAUUGUUUGCCAACAGUCCGGUCCUAGAGCGAUUGAUUUUGGAAUGUGUCAGUGCUUCGAAUAGGUUUAGGUUUAGAGUUUCUGGCCGGUUACUGAAGUUGAAAUACUUGGUCAUAGAUUAUUGUCAUGAUUUUGAACGCAUUGAGAUUUACGACACGGAUCUUGUGUCCUUCACUUUCUUGGGAGCGCAACCAUUGUGUUUGGACAAGCUCCCCUGACUAUCUGAGAUAUCUAUUACAGGAUUUUUGUUGAAGAUUGUGCAUAUGAGCUUGCCUCAGCUUUCGAGUCUUUCUUCCCUGCAGAUUCUCAAACUUGAGUUUUUUGAUCCACCUAAUGAAAACCUACUUAUUCAUCAACUACCUAAAUUAGCAAGUGUUAAGCAAUUGGAACUGAGAGUUGGAGCAUCUGGAGAUGCGAGUCUACUUCCGUUGACUCUCUUGAUUAAGGCAUGUCCUUGCUUGCGAAGUUUUGUGUUGAAGUUGACGAGCACAUGGGAGAUGCUAUGCGGGCAAAGAGAACUAAAAAGAGUUGUUAGACCUCCCCAUCGGCAUCUAAAGGAGGUUGAAUUUUACAAUUAUUAUGGUCAACCUUGUGAUCACGAGCUAGUGAAUUACCUUGUCGAGAAUGCCAUUGCUCUGGAGAAGUUAGUAGUGAAUCCCUGUGAUAAAGAAUAUUCCCCGGGCAGGAUGAAAAGAUUGAAGGAACCUAGAGAACGUGCUCUGCAACAGCUCAAAGGAAAGUUGCCUUCUAGAAUUGAGCUGGUGAUUAACUAACAAAACCAGAGCAUCAUUCACGCUGCAUCCACAUGGCUGCUACGGAUGGCUUCAAUUCUGCAACCUAAUCAUCUUCCCCUUUUUAAAGUUU